CAGUUUACACGGGUUGUUACUUCCAAGCCAACGACCCCCGCCCAAUCUCUUUCAUUACGUAGCUUAUUCGCAUCUUCGUGAAUGACAUUUCCAAUGUUUGAAAUAGAGGCUGUACUAGAUCUAGUCUGCGGGUUAUCAUAGUAUCGUGCAGGAUUGUAUGUUUCAGUCAAUCUGUGUUCAGUUUACCGCUUCUUUGAAGUAGGAUAUUAGGGAUUGUGUUUAAGGAUACAUCUUCAUAAUUCAAUAUUCUUCCUGGAACUAUAUGCUUGAUAUUUAAACAACUGGCCUAGGAGAUAUACAGCGAUAAUCGAAGGUCCUAUGGUGACUGCAAGUUGAUGGUGACUGCAAGUUGAUGUUGACUCGAUCUAUUGGCAUGGAGCUCUAUAAAGACUUGCUGCUCUCGUUCAUUGUCGUCUCAGUAGCGAGCCAGGAAGUUGGCUGGAGUCCCUGGAGUGACUACGGCGCCUGCUCAAGGACGUGUGGUGGCGGUGUCCGUUCACGUACACGUCGUUGCCUGGAGCCCAGAAGUGGCUGUAACGGAGAGAGUAAAACAUACCAGUCAUGUGAGACUCAGGACUGCCCCGUGGGAUCUCUAGACUUCAGAAGCCAGCAGUGUAGCUCUUUCAACCGUGAAGAUGAUAUUUAUGGCCCCUAUUACGACAAGAAGUCUCCAUGUUCUUUAUACUGUGAGGACCAGCUGGGCAAGGUCUCAAAGUUGCGUAACAAUGUCAUUGAUGGUACAUCUUGUGACAACGAAGAUUCCUUUGGAGUUUGUGUUGCAGGCGUUUGCACGAAAGUUGGCUGUGAUCACGUGAUAGGCUCCACCAAGACCCUGGACGAGUGUUUAGUAUGUGGAGGCAGGGGCGAGAACUGUGAGACGUUAUCUGGGUCAUCAAUGGACACAACUCUCAAAGUAGGGGAGAUAAGUGAAAUAGCGACUUUCCCUUUUGGUACAACCAAGUUGAUUAUUCGAGUCUUGACGAGGAGACUAGCGAUGAUUGCGCUGGAGGCCGGAGACGGCACCUCGUUAAACCUCACACAGUAUUUAUUUAAUGACAAGUUAAACAACACAGUGAACUUCUCAGGGGCUCAAGGGAAAGUCCAUCAAUUGGAUAUUGGUUUCAUGUUGACUGCCCGCGGUCCAUUUGUACAAGCAGUGCACCUUAAGAUCCAGCCGUCUGUCCAGAGUCCAGAUGUAAGAUACGAGUACUCGAUACCCAGUAUCCGUAUUGUCGAGAAGAACCCAGAGCUACGAUAUUCCUGGGUGGAUGGACGAUGGUCAUCAUGUUCUGUCACUUGUGGCGUUGGUUAUCAAAGAAGGGCUGUCAACUGUAUUGACCGUUCAAGUGGACAGACUGUCAAUAACGACUUGUGUCUGGCAGCAGAAAUGCCAGUCAUGAAUCAGUCCUGCUCCAACAGCCCGUGCCGCCAGGCCGUGGACGACAGAUUCAAGUGGAUCCCUGGUCAGUUUACUGACUGCAACACGGCGUGUGGCGCUGGACACCAGACUCAGCGGAUGUUCUGCCUUCAAACAAAUCUGGACGGGGCAUCCGCCUAUGUCCCGGACGUUGUUUGUAUGCAGAAUAUUGGCAGCAAGCCGGUGAUCAGACGAGCAUGUUUUGGUUCUGAGACUCACUGUGGUCGCUGGAUCACUAGCUCCUGGAGCCAGUGCAGUGUCUCCUGUGGUCAGGGGAGACAAACCAGGAGCGUCGCCUGCGAGAGGAUCUUCCACAAUGAGGAGGAGGUUGAGGAGAAUGACUAUGACGCAAGCCGCGAGGCGGAUGUCGAGGACGAGUCCCUCUGUCCCGCCGAUGGAAGGCCCUCCUCACAGCAACCCUGCAACAUGUCCGCUUGUAGCGAGAGCAGGGAGGAUGAGAUAUCAAUCAUUACAGUCAUUCACGAUUGCCAGACGUCCAGGUAUGGUUGUUGUCCAGAUCAGAUUACAGCUGCCCUCGGGGAGAACUUUCUGGGCUGUGAUGCUGUUUCAGAGUGCCGCUACACAACCUAUGGGUGCUGCACAGAUGGAGUGUCCGUCGCCAAAGGACCCAGCAUGGAUGGCUGCCCUCCACGGCGGUUGAUUGGCGGUUGCGCCGGGACGCGGUACGGAUGCUGCAAGGACGGUAUCACCUCUGCCAGGGGUCGCAACAAGGAAGGAUGCGAGGAAGCGAUGAGGCAGACGCGUCAACCUGGAGGAUGUGCCUCCUCUAUCUAUGGGUGCUGUUCGGAUCGCGUCACCCCCGCGACAGGUCCUAAUGGUCAAGGUUGUACAGAAUCAAAGAACGUUCUGUUGGGAGGCUGCAGAUCCACCAGAUACGGUUGCUGUCCUGACGGAGUUACUGCCGCUGGAGAAAGAGGAUGUCCUACAUUUGAUCACGCUCAUUGUGAACUGGAGAAGGAUUCUGGGCUGUGCUUUAACUACUCCCUGUUGUGGUACUUUGAUCAAACUCACGGAGCAUGCCGAAAGUUUUAUUACGGAGGUUGCCAAGGAAACCAAAACAGGUUCGCCACAAAAGAAGAUUGCGAAAUUCAUUGUGUCCAGGUAGAUGGCCCAGGUGUUUGCAGGUUACCGAAAGUUGUUGGCGUCUGUAAAAGCGUAAAAGAACGUUACUUCUACAACUACAAGACGAGCCAGUGUGAAAAGUUUAUGUACGGGGGAUGCUUAGGAAACAAUAACAAUUUUGAGACACUGGAAGAAUGUCAAAGCAGAUGUCACGGUGCAGGCAGACAUCAGGUUCCACAAAGAUUAGCUUGUGCCAGUGGUCCGUGCAAGAAUGGAUUCCCCUGUCAAUCUUUUAGCAAUGGCUCUUACAGCUGCAACUGCAAUCCUGACUGGGGCAGACAGUGUCAAGCCCCACCAGACUAUUGGUGCUUCUCUGAUAGAGAAUGUGACUCAGGAUUGAAAUGCACGACAACAAGGGAAUGCAAGCUUGGAAAUUGUCACAUAUAUGCACGAUGCUCACCCAAAUCGAAGAAAUACGUUUGUGAUCAGCAGACAUGUGAGUCUGGUCAAGAAUGUGUUAAUGAUCAACUCAUUACAGAUGGUUUCUUUUGUAAGGAUCCCAUUCCCUACAGACGCUCCACAAGUGUGGUGAUUGGUUGUAAUCUGUCUGAGUUUGGUUGUUGUAAAGACCAAAAAACUCCUGCCACAGGACCCAACCAUCAUGGAUGUCCAAAAAAUUGUUUGAACUCAAGAUAUGGCUGCUGUAAAGAUGGCAUCACACCAGCUGAUGGACCCAACUCCCUGGGUUGUGAGGUGGAUGGCUCAGGGGAAGUGCCCUGUGAGAAGACUGUCUAUGGGUGCUGUGAGGAUGGUUUAACCCCAGCUGAAGGUCCGAGGGGAAGAGGAUGUGGAGACACUAUUGACUCUGAAGACAGAGAUCGUAUAAGGAUUACAACUCCUAAACCUAUUAAAAAAACAGAGAAAUGCUCUGCUGAGGUGAACCGCAGAAGGUGUAAAGACUAUGUCCUCAAGUAUAGGUACAACACAGAAAAGCAAGCGUGUGAAUACUACUGGUGGGGCGGCUGUGAGGACAACGGAAAUGUUUUUGACACCAAAGAGCACUGUGAGGCCACUUGCAAACAUAAAGAAGUGGUCACAGAAGUUGUGGAUCUUGACAUAGUUAGCAUGUGUGACCUUCCUUUUGAGAGAGGUCCCUGCAGGGCUUACCUACAACGCUACUACUAUAACCCUAAGGACCAGAAGUGCACCUCAUUCAUCUACGGAGGCUGCCAGGGAAAUGAAAACAACUUUUACACCCUGGAGGCCUGCCAGAAAGAAUGCAUGAGUCAGACCAUCAAACCUGAAGAAGAGACAAAUUAUAACCUUGUUGAGAAUGAACCAUUCCGAUUGAUUAUUUCUGGUGAAUCUUCGCUUGCCCAGGGUGAAGAAAUCAAGAUCUCUUGUACAGCAACAGGGCCUAAGCAUGUCAACAUUAAAUGGUAUUACAACAACCUUCAGGCCACCAAAGUGCCCAAUGCCCAACAGAAAGUCCAUAACUCCAAGACUGCAAAUGGUUAUACUCAGGCUAUCGACCUAAUUAUUCCCAAUGCCCAGGUGACUAACUCAGGAAUAUACAGUUGUCGCAGCUACAGCGGGGUAGAAAAGAGGAUAGAUAUCACUGUGAGACCCAUUGCUUCCAGUACACCUCAAGUACCAGUGAAUACAGAGAAUGAAUUACUUCUCAGUGGUGACACAGUCGUGGAGGCAGGUUCAAUUUACAGCCUUUCUUGCCGAGCCUAUGGUCCAGAAAGGCCUUCUGGGAUAGAUUGGUUCAUCAAUGGCAGGGAAAUUUUGCCAGAAGCUGGCAAGAUCUCUAUAAACACUUACCCAGAUAGUAGAACCAGGAAUGCUAUAAUAAGUGAGCUAACUAUCAACAACAUACAGUUCAAACAUGAAGGCACUUACUUCUGUAAAAGUAAACCUUUUGGCCUAAUCAAAAAACUUAAGAUCACUGUCAGGCCUCAAUCAGGUCCUGUACAACCUGAGAUUACAGAAACUGGAGGGGAAUCCAACUCAACUGAGAGAGCUGUGGUCUGUAGACUAGACCAGGCUGUUGGGAAUUGCCGGGCCUCUAUUCAGCGCUGGCAUUAUGACCACAGAGAGGGACGCUGCAAGCAGUUUAUGUAUGGAGGCUGUGGUGGAAACAACAACAACUUCCUAACGCUUGAGAGAUGUGACACUUUCUGCAGUGCUGAAGAAAUUUGCUUGAAGCUAAAAGUAGUUGGCAAGUGUAGAGCAGCCAUACCCAGAUUCUAUUUUGAUUACCAAGCGGGUAGAUGUAGGGAAUUCAUCUAUGGUGGUUGUGAUGCCAACUUGAACAACUUUGAGAAUUACGAUGCAUGUGAUAGAAGGUGUGCUCAGUACAAGAGAAGAGUUGUGGGAACUGAGGUUGUAGUCGUGGUACCAACUAGGCCAGCAGUAGCUCAGGAUGUUUGCAAGCUGCCUUAUGAUAAGGGAAACUGUGGCGGCAACGAUAUUAAAUGGUACUAUGUUGAAUCACGGGAUAGAUGCACUAGAUUUUGGUACUCAGGAUGUGGUGGCAAUGGUAACAAGUUUGAUACUCAGGAAGAAUGUCUCAUCAGAUGUAGGCCAAGUGUCAUGAUACCAACCACAACAACUACCACUCCACAGCCCUACCUCACUGCCCCCCCAGGCUUAGACAAAUCUGCUUGUACUCAACCCAAGAAUGCUGGUACAUGUGAUAAGUGGGUUUUGACUUGGUACUAUGACAUCACCAGACGUGUCUGUCACAGGUUCUACUAUGGUGGCUGUGGUGGCAAUUCUAACCGCUUCCCUGAUAAAGCCUCAUGUGAAAAGCUGUGCAUUGCAGAAUCCAGACCAGAGACAACAACCAUCAGGCCUUCACUAUGUAUUUAUACAACUUUUGGUUGCUGUGAGGAUGGCGUCACAACAGCCCUGGACCGGCUGAAAUCUAAUUGUUAUGAGGCCAAUGUUGUUGUACAACCCAGCGCAGACCAGAAAGUAGUGUUAGUAAAUCCAGGGGCAGACGCAGUGCUGACAUGUCGCUUGAGAGGUUCAGAAAUACUGUGGUACAGAGAUAGCUUCUUAGUGUCCAACACACGUAAGACCGAAAUCCUUAACAAUGGUAGCCUUAUACUUCGAAAGGUUACAGAUGAUGUUGCAGGGAUCUACUCAUGCAGAGUACAAGACAGAAACAAUGUCCCUAGAGUGGAAAGGUUUAAAGUUGAAAUUAGUGUUCCUGUAGACAUAUUACCUGGCCCAGCCUUAAUGACUUUUAAGCCAGGAAGUAGGGCUUACUUGAACUGUGUAACAGUUGGCUACCCGCCUGCUAAAGUCUCAUGGGAAAGAAGGGGCAAGCUGAUAGCCAGCAAUCAUCACCAUGUGGUGCAUAGAAAUGGAACCCUGGUCAUCAAUGAUGUGAAAGCGGAGGAUGCAGGAAUAUAUUAUUGUUUCGCUGACAAUGGAAUGACCACACGAAAGACAAAGUCUGUCUUGAUCAUGAUUAAAGAGACUAUUUCUGUUCGCAUUGCCAGCCACAAAGGUAUCUAUAUGGAAGGGGAGAGAAUCCAGCUGUCAUGUUCUGCAUCUGGUUACCCCACUUCAUCAGUGCAAUGGGUCAAAGAAGACAAGGAUGUUGUAGAUACUAAUGAUACAACAGUUAGAGGUGGGGUGCUGACCAUUGAAUCAGCCAACGUGGAACACUCUGGAAUGUACAAGUGUAUAGCAAAAAGUAAUCAAAACCAAGCUGUGGACAUCACAACCAUACACAUUAAACUACACGUGCCUAUAGCACAUUGCACGGAGAAGCUGGUCAGAACCAAGUGCCUGGCUAUUGUAAGGGCACAUCUCUGCGGCAUCAGAUACUACUACAACUCUUGUUGUCAGUCAUGUGAGAGUAGUGGGAGGAGACCCAAGUAGUUCCAUGCACAUACUUUGAUAUUAUUCUUUAUAUUUGACAGGAUAUAAGAGAGAAUGUUUUGCUUCAUUCUUCAGCAUGUUUUGUCUUUUAUACUAGUGGCAUUACAACAGUUUUUUUUGUACACAUUUUCAAAUGUUUUGUUUUCCAAAUUUAGUUAGAUUUUUAAAAUUAACUUGAUAGAAUAAAACUAAUUGAACCCCAAAAACAAAAAAUUUUAUACAAAUCAAUUUCUCACUAUGUAAUUAAAGCUGUCUUUGAUUGCUCAUUUUUAAGAAACUUUUACCUGAAGUGUGUUCAGUUUAGUGGGGUGAAAGUUUGUCGUUAUAAUACAUUUGUCUGAUGCAUUGUUUUAUUGUCUAAGUAAAGAAAUAAACUGAGUGUCUUUAUUGUUAGUGUUAGCUGGUCGGUUAGAUGCAGGUGUGUCUGUAGUCCAGUUUGGAGAUGCAUUUUUAUUUUUAUAUCUGUAUUUGACAGUGUGUAUAUGAAACGUGUACAUGUGACAGUGCUGUUCCUUCAAUGCGAUGUGAAUUAAGGAAAUGGGUCAUUUGAAAGAUCAAAUGGAUUCUUUUGCUUCAUAGUUUUAGUUGAGGAAAAUAUACAAUUAGAAAAUAGAAGCAAAACAUCAUCUGAAAUGUGAGUGAACAGCUUUAAAAAAAUGUAAUGUAUAUAGUGAACUGUGAGCAAAUAGAGUUUAUAAUGUAAUGUAUAUAGUUAACUGUGAGCAAAUAGAGUUAAUGAUCUCAGCAUCAUCAUGAAAUGUUUUUCUGAUGUGUCUGUGAAUGUUCAAGUAUUAGGUAAAUAUUUGUAGCAAAGAUAAAUUGAAAUAACAUGUUGAAAAUCUUGAUUCUAUAACAUUUCUCACUGAAAAGAGUCCAAUGGAAGUCUAAUCUUGCUGUAAUGAAUUUAUUUUUGUUCUUCUAAAAUAUGUGUAUGUGCUAUGUUGUUUUACUAUAAACUAUUUUACCAAAUACCAGAAUUUAUUUACUAUGUAGUCUGUACACAAGUGAAUGGAAAACUUGCUGAUAUUUGAGUAUCAUUGGUGAAGGCUGGCUCAUAGAAGUCUGACAUACUUAUUGGUGAUAUUUUUAUGAAGGUGUUCCACACCGAGAUAUCAUAGGCACAUACCAAGGUGUGCAGUAAGCUUUCAGGCUUGUUGCCAGCAAAUAUUUUAAACUAAUAUAUAAACCUUGACAUUAUUUUUUAUACAAUUUUUUUGUUCUGUUUGAAAAAUGUUUCUUUUUUUUUUUUUGUGAACAAAUGUUUUCUUAUAUUCUCUACUUCCAAGUGUAUACCAUUGAGCCUGUGUCUUGUUUCUGUGUGUACAAAUACUUUCUUUGAUCAUAUUUUAUCUCUACUACAGUAUUACACCUAAAGCUUUUGAUUCUAUGGAGAAGGUUUGUGUAUUACUUUACACGGAAGGGGGGGGGGGGCUCAGCACUUUCUAGACUACAGUUAAGUAAAUGACAAAUUGAUACCUUUAGGCUGUUUUUUUUUAUCUUUCAGUUUUUGCAAACUUUGUUUUAGAUGUCAAAUUAUAUGAUACCUAAGGAUUGUUAUUUUUAAAUUGGUUUUGAUAGAAGGGUUAAAGGUUGCUUCUGCUUCAAAGUCUAAAUAUACAACAUCCAAUGCUAUAGCCUUCCCAUGAAGGUUGUUUGGUGUUGCUUGAUUGAACUCCAAAAUUUCGACUUCAUCUCCUAGGCACUGCAUCCAUAAUUUUGAAAUAGAUUCAAUUCUUAUUCAAAUUUUUUUGAUGGUAUUUUUUUUUAUAAUAUCAUUGUAGUGUAAUAUCUCUUAGUGAUGAUACUUCACCCAGUUAUUUUCUUAGCUUCCUUGUUUUAGUAAUUUAAUGGGUGAAUAGAUUAUUGAAUAUAUCUGCUCAUACAAUCAAUCAAGCUUGUUAGUAAAGAGCAUGUCCAUAAGGUAUUUUCUAAAUGUAGGUCAAAUUAGUUGUUUAAUGUUUAUGUAUCAAUCAUUAAGAGAGCCACACUACCUGACUCAAUUUUGUGGUAGACAUUAUAUAAAGAAAUGUUUUAUUUGUAUGUAAACAUGUAUCCAUCAAAGUGAGAUAUAAUUUACACAAUUAAAAAAAAAGAUUACAGUUUA